GGCUGUAAGUCUUGUCCAUGGUGUGGUACUAACAACGUUCCAGUUUGUGUUUGCAUUUACACUGACUGUAAGGCUUGCCCGUGGUGUGAUAUUAAACCCAUUUACGCUUCACCUUCAUUGAAAAAUUUCAAGGCCGUUGGUUGGUCCUGACUGCAAUCAAGCUUAUGGUGGAACACAAAUGACAUACCAGUAUCCUAGGGCGCAUUGACACCAAUUUAUUUCCACUUCAGCUGCAGUGAGAACGUUCAAGGUCGUGUGGGGUUCGGUACUAAUUGUAAGGCUAGUUCGUGGUGUGAUACAAAUGAUUCAACACGACGUAUCCACCCCGGUUGUCGAUUCUGUCCUGAUCUUACACAAUCGGUAGCAGGGGCGUCCAUUAUGGACAACCAAUUCGUGGACCAACUGGACCUGUUUUGUGACGACAGCGAAGGUACACCUGCAGCGAAAAGACACAACAGACUUGCAACAAACAAGCAGAACCUGUACUGUGACCACAAGAGCGUGUGGGCUGUCAUGAGGGAACAUUCUGAUUUUACUGGAGUCCACAGUGAACGUCUCCCCAUACACACCGACACUACACCAGUAUUCACCGUUUCACAAGAAACAAAGAGCAGAAAGGUGUUUGUCCUGGAUAAAUCUGGCAGUAUGGAAUUGGACACACCAAUGAGGAUAGUACGCUUGCAUGAAACUGGAAAAUACAUAAUAGAAAGUGAAGAGGAGAUUUGUGCCGAUAGCUACCUCGGAAUCGUGUGGUUUGAUUCAAGCGCAUCUGUCAAGAAAGCUAUUACUAAGGUCGAUAGUGGAGCCACGAGGGCUGUUCUAGUUGAUGCUCUUCCAACGAUUCCCGAUGGCGGUACAUGUAUCGGAUGUGGACUGAAGCUUGCUAUAGAUGAAAUCAUAAAAACCUUUCCCACGUCCUCAAAACAUUCUGAGAUUAUUCUUAUGUCUGAUGGCGAAGAGACGACGAACAAUUUAACAAUAACAGAGCAAGCAAACAGAGCGAAAGAUCUUGGUAUACUCAUACACACAGUCGCUAUCUCAAACCAGUCUUCUGUACGACUCGCCGACGUUUCGAAAAUUACUGGUGGGAAAAGUCUUUUUCUGGAGAUUGGAGGAACUAUUACGUUUGUUUCUGUCUUAUCCAAAGCAUUGUCGAACAGUAUAACCGGGGGCGGAUGUAAAUCAGAGGAGAUGAGAUCAGGGACGUUAAAGAACAGCAGCGUGUUGAAUUUUUAUUUCACUAUCGAUGAUGGGCUGGGUUUAAACACAACAGUUGUCAUAUUUCCAAGCAACCCUGGCCUAAACUUUGACUUUGAACUAAGAAGAGAGGAGGGCUUUCUUGAGAAAAGUUUAAAUAUAAGUGAGACACCGAUUAUGGCACGGUUGACUGGAAAAUUAAGGAAAGGGACAUAUUUUGUUGUUGUCAAAACAAAGCCUGACACAGCUAUAAAUUGGGAGUACGAUGUGAAAUCUAAAUCAAAGGAUAACCAUCAAGUUACCGUAACGACUCGUUUCUCCGACGACGUGGUUUAUACGGACGUAUUGAAGGGGAAUGCUCCUGUUUUGAAUGCAAACGUCGUCGCCACGUCUGGAUCAUGUUUUGUAAUUUUACGGGACAAUGGAAUAGGUAAAGACAUUACAGCAGGCGACGGAACUUAUACAGGACAGUUAAAAUGUCCCAAAGAAGGCCGGAGUGAAACCCGCGUCACUGUGAAGGCAAAUUCAAUCAUUAUUGUGACUGGCAUUGUCGGAGCCGCAACAUUAAACCCAGAGGCUUUUGAAGAAAUUGUCAUUGAGGAAAGUUUUGAAAGGUUUUCACUUGUUGAGGAUGCAAAUUUAUCUCCAACAACAAUAGGGGAUACUACUUCCCCGGGAAAGAUUACUGAUCUCAGAAUAGAAGAUGUGGAAACGAAUGGAAACACCCGACAUUUUACAAUACGCUGGACAGCAACAGGUGACGACAGAUACACUGGCCAAGCAACAACUUAUAAACUCCGCUAUGCAAACGACUUAGACAGUUUGUUAAAUAAUUUUGGAAAUGCGCAAGCUCUGGACAUUGGUCAACAUAACCUUUACCCUAGAGACUCAGGCGAAGACGAGACUGUCGAUAUUUCUGUAACAGCUGAAAAAGAAUUUAACGAGACAGCCUUUUUGGGCAUUAGAGCUUUGGAUGAGGUUGGAAAUGAGGGAGCUAUGUCUAAUAUUGUGUCAAUAGUAAUAGCAAAUGGAUUUAACAUUUCCUUCAACGGAAGAACAAAUCAUACGUACAGUCCUCCUCCUUCUAUCAUAGAUGAUGAUAAAACCAACGUGGGUUUUAUCAUUGGUGUUGUUAUCGGAACAGCAGUACCGGUUAUUAUCAUCAUUGCAACGUGCGUCGUUAUAAAUCUAAGAAGGCAUAAACUGAAAAACUCAUACUACAUCCGAAAUCCACGAAAGGAAGAAACCGGCGACAAUCCGACAUUCUCUGAAGACAAUCGAGUAUAAAACCAUCACACACAAACAGCAUACGUCUACAAGGGAUACCGAAGUCAUGUUCAAUUGGUGGUUUAUUAACGUCAUUUGAAUUUUCAUAAACUUUAGUGUUAUCAUUUUGAAUGUAACAUAUGAAGCGUUAUAGACAAUCUGUAGGAUGAUACGCAAUUACGUUUUGUAUAUUUUACGUAUUUCUGUGUUCCUGCUCAAAAUACAGUUUAAUAUAUGUUUAUGUUUUAUUGACAUGUUUUUGAUAUUCGCAUGUUUUCCUCACAUACAUCUUCAAAAGUUAACAUGUUUUAACCAUAAUAUUUAUUUGAAAUAAAAGCAUGUGUUCACGUUUGUUUACAUGCAAAUUGAGUUUUGGAGGUUGUACACGCGCAAAGUAAAAGCGCGAGAAAAAAUGAAAUCGAAUUUGAAACAGUGAACACUAAUUAAAGAUGGAAUACAAGACAUAUCAAAGGAUACAUUUACAAAA